AUGGGCUCUCUCACGGGCUAUGGCUCCAAUAGGGACCCUCCCAGGGGAGGUGGCACUCACCCUGUGGGCCCUGCUAGCAGCGAUGGCGACCCUAUGGGCCCUCAAAAGGGCGGCGGCGCCCCUGAGGGCCCUCCCCGAGUUCCAACUAGUGCUAAAACAACUGCCCCCAGAGGACUUUCCAGGAGCUCUAACGUCCCCAAGCACCUUCUCAAGAGCGGGGGCGCUUCAAGGGGCCCUCCCAGGAGUUGUGGAUCCCCCAGGGGCCCUUCAAAAGCUUUGGCGCCCCCAGGGGUCCUCCCAGAUGAGGGGGUGCCCUUACAGGCACUCACAUGGGCGUAG